AUAGGCUUCGUCCAGCAAUUAUAAUUUUGCUGCUAGUGCAUUUGUGUGGUGAUUUGAUUGGAAACGAAUUUAUUUCGGAUUAUUUGGUGCUGAUUUUGUUUUCCGUGAUGGUCUAUUUUUGUUGUCUCUUUUUUAUCGUCCAAAGUAAGUUGCAAUGCCAAGUUGCGGUUAUGUUUCCCAGUGUACGUUUGGUGAAGUUUUACAUAUAUUCUUUCAGAAUGUCAUAAUUCAUUUGUAUGUAUUGUUCUAGACUUUCCCAAAUCUUGAUUUUUCCUGACUGUGUUCUGGUGGAGUGAAGGUGUGGAACCGGUGAUAAUACCAACAAUCUACAGAGUCGUGAAGGUACCUUUAUUUGUAAUGAUGCUAUUGUUUUCUGUAACCAAGCUUGAAGUUAUGCCCUAAUACAUUCACUUAUAUUUCUCUCUUUUUAAGGUUUAUACUAUGUCUCAAACUGUGUGCUCUAUUGGGAAAGCUGCUGUGGACAACAUUGUCUGUACUGAAAAUGACUACUCACGAGAUAAACUUACUCCAGAAGAGUUACGUUUGCUUCGUUUAAGGACGGGCUCUAAGAAGAGAAUAAGUGUCUUAUGUAAGGCUCAUGCCAUAAAUUAUCUUUGGUCUUAUGCAGCUAAGCAGGACCAAUGCUGUGACCCGUUUCUAACCCAUAGCAAGAAAAACAAAGUGAUACGAAGCGGAAUAGAGUUUGAGAUCAAGUUGGACCACAGAGAUAAGGCAAAACUGCUCAAUCUUGAUCCUCCAGUAGACCUUAUUCCAGGGAAAAGGCUGUGUAUCUCAUGCAAAAUCUCACUGCUUAAAAAAUUUAAAACAAAUGGAAUAGAUGCACCUUCUGAUAUGCAGUCAUCACCAAGCCAAUCAUCAUCCACAUCUGCCUCUGUACCUUCUCAGACUGUUCAGGAAGAUCAGCAUCCGCAACCACAUAAACAGCCAAGUCCUGAUUAUAUACACAACUCUCAGUCAUGUUUGGAAAAUUUAAAUAAUUGGCUUAAGUCAAAUGGUGAAGAGGAAAUAGAUUUCCAAAAGCUCAUCAAGCAAAAGACCUACUUAGUGCAGCAGUUGGACAAAGUAAAUAGGGUGUUAAAAGUUUGUGCAAGUGUUGAUGAAAGUGAUACAAGUUCAGUUUCAAAUUGGUAUGAAAAAUCAGUAUUAUACGAUGAAUUUGUUUAUCAGUUACAAGAAUAUAUUAAAUCAAGUAAAAGCAAAGCUGAUCACAUUCAUGCUUUAAGUGUCCUGCCUAGAAGUCUUUCUGUUGAAGAAAUAAAGGCAAAGUUUCCUUCAGUUUCAAAUAGACUUGCAAGAAGAACACAGGAACUCAUUGAUAAAACAGGUAUUUUAUGUACACCUAACAAGAAAAUAGGGAGGCCAACAAGUACAGAGACCGUUCAACUAGUAACUGAUUUUUAUUUAAGACAAGAUGUGUCAAAAGAGCAGGUCGGCAAAAAUCAAGUAAUUAGUAUUAAAGGGAGUGACGGUAAGAGAGUGAGAAAACAGAAGAGGCUGCUCCUAGGAAAUAUUGUACAUUUGCAUCAAGAGUUCAUGAAGGAAUUUCCCAAUUGUGAAAUAUCUUUUCCCAAAUUUGCACAACUUCGCCCCAAGGAGUGUGUGCUUGUGUCUUCUAGUGGAGUGCAUAAUGUGUGUGUGUGUGUUCACCAUGAGAACCCAGAACUAAUGUUCCAUGGUGCACGUUUGAAAAAUAUGACCCUUUUCAAAAGAUCAACUGAUUGUUUAAAAAUAUUAAUGUGUUCUCCACCUUCGGUUGAUUGUAAUCUGAGAACAUGUAAGGAGUGCUGUGGUAAGAGUAGUGAACUUCGUGACCAAUUGUUGCCCUUAUUUGAUCAAAGUUUUAUUGAGGAUGUGACCUUUAACCAAUGGGAGAAUACUGACCGAGCCAACUUAGUGACAAUCACCUGUUCUGUUGAAGAAUUUGUUGAGCGCUUCAUUAAUCAGUUACAAGAACUAAUCCCGCAUCACUUCAUUUUUAAAACCCAAGCUGAAUAUUUCCGGUCACUGCAAGCAAAUCUGGAUGAAGGAGAAAUUCUGGUGGUUGGUGAUUUUGCAGAAAAUUACUCCUUUGAUGUUCAAGAUGAGGUGUAUGCUUACUAUUUUGGUUCCAAAAAGCAAUGCACAAUCCACCCAUUUAGUGUUUAUUUUAAGGGCUCUGAAACUGAUGAGAAGAAGCAAUAUUCAUUUGCUGUCAUUUCAGAUUGCAUGGAGCAUAAUUCAGUAACAUUUUAUACUUUCCAAAAAAAACUUAUUGACCACUUAAAAGAGAAGUAUAAUAUUGAAAAAAUAUAUUAUUUUUCUGAUGGUUGUGGGGGCCAAUACAAGAAUAGAAAAAUGGCUGCUAAUUUAUGUUAUCAUGAGAGAGAUUUUGGAAUUAAAGCAGAAUGGAACUUUUUUGCCACUGCCCACGGCAAGUCUGCUUGUGAUGGUAUUGGAGGUUCAAUUAAAAGACGUGCCUCUGAAUUUGCUAUGGUGAACAAAGACCCUGGUGCUCAAAUCACAACAGCAUAUAAGUUAUAUGAAUGGUGCCUAAAGAAUGAGAAUAAAAUCCAUCCCUUGUGGGUUUCUAAGGCUGAAGUAGGCCUAAAAGCUGAGUUUCUUGCUGUCAGAUAUGAGGGAGCCCUCCCCAUUGAUGGAAUACAAUCAAUACAUCAAAUUACUCCAGAAGGGGAAAAUUUUGUUAUCCUGAAAAGGUAUUCUGCUGCUCUACAUGGUGAGAGAAGAGAAAUAUCAAGAGCUGAAGAGGGUGUCAGUUGGGAAAAUAUUAGAGGAUUUGUCAUAUUUUGGGACAAAAGGGAACCAAAGUGGUACCUGGGAACUGUUCAAGAAAAACAUGAAGAUACUGCAAGUCUUUCCAUUGAGAAACUACAGUUGAAAGAAAAUAGAAAAUAUGAUUAUGAAUAUCCUGAUAAUGAAAGUUCAACCAUCUAUCAAGCAGAUUGUGUAUUAAUUUUGCCAGAAACAACAAUUAUGGCAAAAGGCACACUGGUCAGGAUUAAAGCAGCUGAAUCUAAAGUAGCAGAUGCUGUUCUCAAGAAAAAAACUUUGAGUGUCUCUUGACUUGUCGUUACUGUGAUUACUGUACCUUGUUUUCCUCGAGUGGUAACAGCAGUGAUUUAUAUUUGUGAUUUUGAUCAGUGAUUUUACUGUUUAUAUACAGGAAUAAGUA